AUGGCGGAUGCAGUGAGAAAUAUUAUCAUCAAGCUGGGAAGGAAAAUCCAUUCACUAGAAAUAGCCACGAAGCAUGUAAAAACUCUUCUCCAACUCGCUAUGAAAAAGAAGUUGAAGCUUGACUCUGUUCUCCGCGACGAAAUCAUAGUCACAGUGCUUUUAGACUACCCGGAGUUCUAUGCGGACUGGUCUGACGAUGAUACAAGUGAUCUUUUGAUGUUGGCCUCCGCAGCGAGUGUUGAUGUAAGCCCUGCGUCCAUUCCUGAGCCCGAAGAUGGAAACCGUGCUGGGGACGAAGCCAAACACCGUCUUGAGAUUCUUCGUAACAGGUCUAAUACUUCUGACACCCCUAUUAAGAUUACUCCUGAUAAGCCUGAUGAUUUAAUUUCUGAUGAUAUUGAAUCUGCUCUGCCUGUUGCGCAAUCUGAUAAUGAGAAUGCUUUACUGUCUAUGAAAACCUCUGUGUCUGAUGAUCCUCAUCGUUUAUCUUCUGAAAAAAUUGAGCCUACAAAAGUUGCCUUUAACAGUGAUUCUGAAGAAAAAGUUAACCAAUCUGAUAAGGUAGAAAAUUUAAGUCUGGUUGUGUACUCUGCUGAUAUUGCGAGAUCUGCAAUUCCUGUUGUGCCUUUAUCUGAUGCUGCUGAGUCACCGGUUGAGGUUUGCCCGGUUGAUGUUUCUCCUAUGUUGCCUUCUGAAAUUGAGGCUGCCAGACAUUCAAGCCCUCGUCCCUCUGACCCGAUUGAUGGAGUUCCAGUUUAUACAUCCUCUACCUUGGCUGAGAGCCUUGACCACAUCCGACAUUUUGCGGGUUUGCCUUCUGCUUCUGUACCGGAACCAUAUAGAGUUAUUCAUCCCGAGGAUCCCUCUGUGCAGAUAGACAGUGAUGAUGAGAGUAUACUGACUGAAGUUUAUGGUCCACAAGCCCAGUUCUCUAGACCUCUUACAGUGGAAGCAACAACACAUCCAAACUCGACUACUUUCAAAAUUCGAGAAACAAGAAAAUCUAAACGCAAAGGAGUCCCUGAGAGAGUAGCCGUUGAAACCGGUGAUGAUAAUCUUGAUACAGUUCAACCUGAGAAAAGACGACGAUCUGCUGAAUCAGUAAAAGCGGAAAGUGAACCACCUGUCCAACAGGUGUUCAAAACUCUGAGAUCGUCUGUCAAGAACAAGGCUCCUGCUACGGUUUCUACCACUUCUACCGGAAAGAUGAAACCCACUACAAGGUCGAGAGGACGGAGUGUCACUCCUGAUGUCCAAGCUGCUUCGGAAAAUCCUGACACCACAAUUUACCAACCUCAGUUUGUUUCUGCUACAGCUCAAGGAAAGUGGUCUACGAUGGUUCGACGAGAGCUUAUAGUUCAGCGAUCGGUUGAUGAGAAUCAGUUGAACUCUGUAUGUGACAUUUUACCCUUGCUGAGUGAGGUUGGCCUCAUGAAGACUGUCACCUCCAUUUACCCCUACUCAAAGCUGCUGACCUACGAGUUCUACUGUAAUCUGAAUGAAGAAAUUGACAAUCUUACGGGGACCCGGUGCAUGCAGAUUUUCAUAAGAGGAAAGUGGUAUAUUUUCAGUCCAGACGUGAUUAAUGAAUACUAUGGUUUGAAGGGUGUUGAUGAAGAAGAGAUUACGGAUUGGGAUUUGGUUGCAAGGACUGUCACUGGUGGUCAAACUCCUGUAUGGCCUACAGGUGAUAUUGACACUCUGUCUAGCUCGAAGCUUACCUCCAAAUAUGUUAUUUUGCAUCGAAUUGCCCUCCACAAUUGGCUAUCUUUUGCCCAUUUUCAUACGGUUGGCAAGCAACUGGUUGCUCUCCUAUUCUGUAUUGGCACCAAAAUGUCUUUUGAUCUGGGGAAGUGGAUCUUCUAUCAUUUCCUCACAUUGAUUCAUCUGAGGGAACAGAAAGUAAGAUUGCCUUAUCAUAAUCUCAUAUUUGGAGUUCUAACGACGCAGGGCCUAGUACCAAUGCCAAGUGAGAUUAUCAGUCCAACUCUGCUUUAUACUGUUGAUCCACGCCUCUUGAACGGCAAGCACAUCCGAGAUGUUACACCUGUUAAUGCUCCUCCAUCAUCUGAUGCUGACAUUCCUGUUGACGACUCGCCACAUGCCAAGGAUGUUCAGCUAUCUCUCCGUCUGAAGGCUCGGGUGUCUGAGCUUGAAACUGUUAAUGGCAUUAUCGCGAAGCAACUCACUGGAGCCCGUACUGAUCUUGCCACUAUUCUGUUUCGUCUGAGCUUGACUGAGUCUGCUACUACUGAGAAUGUGAAGUCUGACAGUGAAGGUCCCUCGAAUGCUUAA